CCCAAGAUUUGCCAUUUGUUCUCAUUUACAUAAAUUAAGACAUCAUUAGGGUCUCAGGGUCCCGAGAGCCGUGUUGUCGGACAUGUUUUCGGUCUGGUUUACUUCCUAAUUCGUUUAAAAAGGGUCGUGUCGGUCCAGUGACGGACGAGAACCGCCGGUGCUAACAUUCUAAGCGACGGCUCUCGCUGGUCUCUAAGCACGUCAUCAAGGCUAAAUGCUAUUGGAUUUUUUUUUUACCCAUCUUCUAGCCUCUACACACUCUACUUCUCAUAAGGGUCGACUGCGUAGGUCCUACCCCUGCGCAGACUGCAUACAAUGUCUGCUACUGAUUACGUACAUGUAUGGGACGGCAUCGGAAUUAGUUCUGUUUUUUUUUUUUUUUUUUUUUUUUUUUUUUUUUAUCUAUAAUCUUGGAAGUUGGUCAUGCCGGCUUUUGGCUCUCUCCGUAUUAGUUUUUUAUAGUAGCAAGUUUUGAAGUACCUGUUAUACGUUCCAUACCGGGCGUUGAUUACCUAUCCUUUCCCACCAUCCAAUCUUUUAUUAAGAACUGUAAUUCAAAACCUAGUUCUCUCUUCUUUUCUUAUCAUUUCAUUUCCGUAUCUACCCUUCUACUCGGUUACGUUUUAAGAUAAUGGCGAACCCUCCCCAUGGCGGCGUCCUCAAGGACCUUAUUGCUAGAGACCUACCUAGACAAGCUCAGCUCGCCGCUGAAGCUGAAACUCUUCCUGCCAUUACCCUGACUGAGAGACAGCUAUGCGACCUCGAAUUGAUCCUCAAUGGCGGUUUCUCGCCUCUUGAAGGUUUCAUGAACGAGGCCGAUUACAAUGGUGUCGUGAAGGACAACAGACUGGCCGAUGGUGUUCUGUUCAGCAUGCCCAUUACCCUAGACGUGUCCGACGAAACCAUCAAGGAGGUUGGUCUAAAGCCAGGCGUCCGGGUGACGCUACGCGAUCUUCGUGACGACAGGAAUUUGGCUAUCCUUACCGUGGAUGAUAUCUACAAACCAGACAAGGUCCUCGAGGCUAAGGAAGUUUUCGGAAGCGAUGAUGAAGCGCAUCCGGCUGUCAAAUAUCUCUUCAGAACAGCUGCCGAUUUCUACGUUGGUGGUAAAGUUGAGGCUGUUAACCGCUUGCAGCACUAUGACUUUGUAGAUCUCCGAUAUACGCCGGCUGAGCUCCGAUUACACUUUGACAAGCUUGGUUGGAGCCGCGUUGUCGCUUUCCAGACAAGAAACCCUAUGCACCGCGCGCAUCGAGAGUUGACAGUUCGUGCUGCUCGUUCGCACCACGCAAAUGUGCUCAUUCACCCCGUGGUUGGCUUGACAAAGCCUGGAGAUAUUGACCACUUCACGAGAGUGCGAGUCUACAAAGCCCUUCUGCCAAGAUACCCUAAUGGCAUGGCGGUCUUGGGUCUCCUCCCGUUGGCUAUGCGAAUGGGUGGUCCCCGCGAAGCCAUCUGGCACGCCAUCAUCCGUAAGAAUCACGGAGCAACUCAUUUCAUCGUUGGACGUGAUCAUGCUGGUCCUGGAAAGAACAGCCAAGGCGUUGAUUUCUAUGGACCUUAUGAUGCACAGUACGCGGUCGAGAAGUACCGCGACGAGCUUGGCAUUGAAGUUGUGCCGUUCCAAAUGAUGACCUACCUGCCGGACAAGGACGAGUAUGCGCCCGUCGACCAAAUUCCGACGGAUACUCGCACACUGAACAUAUCCGGUACGGAAUUGCGCUCGAGACUGAGGAGCGGUCGAGAUAUCCCCGAAUGGUUCUCGUAUCCCGAGGUCGUUAAGGUACUGCGCGAGUCGCAUCCUCCCCGUGCUGCUCAGGGGUUCACUGUCUUCUUGACCGGUUACACAAACAGUGGUAAGGACCAGAUUGCGAGGGCUCUUCAGGUCACCCUCAAUCAGCAGGGUGGUCGAUCAGUUUCGAUGCUUCUUGGUGAGACAGUGCGCCAUGAGCUGUCGUCCGAACUUGGUUUCAGCAGAGAGGACCGCAGCACGAAUAUCGCUCGCAUCGCGUUCGUCGCCGGCGAACUGACUAGGUCCGGUGCUGCCGUCAUCGCCGCCCCGAUUGCACCCUUUGAGAAGGACCGAGAAGCUGCCAAAGAGGCUAUCGAGAAAUACGGCGAUUUCUACCUUGUCCACGUCGCUACUCCUCUCGAGUACUGCGAGAAGACAGACAAGCGAGGCAUCUACGCCAAGGCCCGCGCUGGUGAGAUCAAGGGUUUCACGGGAGUUGACGACCCAUAUGAAGCUCCCUCUAAGCCCGAUUUAGUAGUAGACUGCGAGAAGCAGACGGUGCGAUCCAUCGUACACCAGAUCGUGCUGAUGCUGGAGAGCCGUGGUUUACUAGACCGCCUAUAAACGAGAUGAGUUUGAUGAGUUUGAUGAGAAGAAUUUUCUCUACGGUUUUAGAUUAGGUUCUUAUUAGAUUUUACGACGCGUUCGAGAGAACAUUUUAUGAACGAAUAAAGGAAGACAACGGGAUAGAUUUGGCGAUUAGCGUACCAUAGCAUACCAGGUCCUUAUAUUCGUAGGAUCAACAUAAAAAAUAUACCUAUGAAUGACAUAGAAGCUUUAGAAGAUAGAGGUAGUAUAGUAUAUAGUACAAUACAGUACGAAGAUGUAGUACCUACAAACCUACAAAUACUUGACAACGACUUGUAGCUUGCAGGCGGUGUACUUCUUUAGGUAGAUACCUAACG